CUUCUUCAGGCAGGUUUUGCUGUUGAAAUAUUGGCAGUUUUUUUUGUGAAACUGUUCAAACCACUCAAUGGGUUUCUUCGAUAUGGCAAGACUCUCUCUGGCUAUAGCACUACCAAGAGUACUAAGAACAAAAACAGCAGGUUUAACUUAUUUUAUUUGCUUAACAUCACUGUGCCAAAAUACUAUUUCUGCCAUUUCUAUAUUUUAGCCUCUAUAUUGUCACUAUCUGCUUAUAUCCUUGUAAAUUGUACUGAUAACUCAACCAAACUUUCCAUACUAGGCUCUAUUUACAAUCGACUAAAGGCCUACUUGAACUUGUUUAUAAUCCACUCAAUCAGAAGAUUAGUUGAAUGUUUUUUUGUUUCAAAAUUCAAUAAACAUUCAAAGAUGAAUAUCAGCCAUUACUUGGUUGGAGUUUAUUUAUAUUUAUCGAUCAAUUUGAACAUGAUUCUAUCCUUUUCAAUCACCAGUUGUUUCACUCAUAGUGCUUAUGAUAAUAAUGAUGAUGAUAAUAAUAAUAUUAUUAUUAUUAAUACCAAUAAUAUUAAUCCUCCUCAAUUAAUAUUGAUUUUAUUUAAUUUAUUUUGCCAGGCCAACCAACUUUUAAAUCAUUUGCACUUGUCGAAAACAGUUAAAUACAAUCAGCCAGACACCGGCUUAUUUAAAUACAUUUUAAAUGCUCACUAUUUCAACGAAAUUCUAAUUUACUGUUCAUUUUACCUACUUGUCCCAAACUUAACCAACUUAUUGAUACUAGUUUGGACUUUUACCAAUUUGUCUAUCUCAAGUUGCGAAAAUUAUAAAUUUUAUCUCAACCAACGA